AUGACAAUAAAAUUCAACAUAAUUGUAAUCCUGAGCAGCUCAUACUUGAUUACAUUCUCAUUGACAGCAUCAACGACUCCCAAUUACAAAGUUAACUCUGCUAUUUUAAUUCCUGAGGAUGUUGCUAAAAAAUGGGAAAAUUUGUGCAAGCAUUUAACUUUAAUGAUUGUCGACGGCAAUAACUAUAGAAACAGACAAAUUAACGUGGCUAUUUACUUACUGAAUAUCAAUAAUUUUGCCUUUAACUAUGAUGGAUUUUAUCGGACAUUUCAAAAGUAUGCAGACUAUAGAAUUAUUGUGAGUGUUCAUGAUAUCACAUCAACCAAGAUUAAAGAAAUACAAACUGAUUACAUGAUUCUGCUUAUUCAUGAAAAUGCAAUUGAGUAUGAAAAAUUCUUUAAGAAAUAUUUUAUCAAGCUCCGACCUGAAAGAUCUACAAAAAUAAUUGCGAUUCUAAAUACCAGAUAUUCAUUAAAUAAUUUAAAAAUCGUAUGGAAUGCAUUAACAGAAAAGAAAUAUUUUAAUCUGUAUCCUAUCAGUCACUUGAAUUCAGGACACUUUGAUGUUUUGCGAACAACAUUUGGAAUGGCAACACAAAAAGGAUUAAAGAUAAGUCUUGAGAUAUCGCAUCAUAAGAGAUUCAUGAGCACAAGAGAAAUCAUUAAAGGAGAUGAAAUGAAAGCUAUAAAUGUAGUAUUUUUUGAUUCAUAUCCACUAGCUUUCGUAAAAAAUGACACAAUCAUUGGUGCUGAUGGGAAUCUGAUUCUGGAAUUCAGCAAAAAGCUUCAAAUUCCGUUCAAUGUUGUCAACAAAAAUACUUCGUAUCCAACAGCUACUGUCAUCAAUAAUUACAUGCAUCACAUUGGUGAAAUCAGUAUUUACACAAAAAUUCAAUUGCGUUCAGAAAAUAUCAAAAUAGUUUGGUUAAAUGAAGUUCAUGGUUUGUGUAUUUUGAUUCCUAGAAAUAUCCCAAUUUCUGUGUAUGAAAACUUCAAACUUCCAUUAGACACCUUUACAAUCAUUGCCGCAAUCAUUUCCACAUUAUCAGUCAUCACAUGCUGGAAAUUUAUAACAAACGAAAUGUCAAUAAGCUCAAUUUUAUGUGCUGUUGGUGAAAUUAUCCUAAAUGUUGGUGCAUCUGGCAUAGAAAGGCUGACAUUCCGAGAAAAUAUUUUGAUUUAUUGCUUCAUAUUCAGCUCAUUCAUUUUGGCUUCCUUUUAUGAGUCAAUAUUCAUUUCAUUCAUGCUUGCUGAGUCUUCAAUGCGAUCAGCAAUGAGUCUUGAAGAAUUGAAUGGAAGCAAUACAAAGUUUUAUUCAUAUUUUGAAGAUAAUCUUGCUGUCCAUAAUAACUUUGCUUUAAUAAGAAAGGAUUUAAUUAUGAAUUAUGUAAAGUUUAAUGAUUUGAAUUCACUAACCGUGCCUCAAAAUUUGGAUGUAAAUUUAGUGUACAUGAUUGCUUGUGAUUAUGCUGAAGUAUUUCUUAGUUCCUCUAGAAAUUAUCAAGAUGGUCGACGGCUUUAUGACAAAAUUGCUCUUACUCAACCUUACAAGACUUAUAACAUUAAUAGCGGAUUUUUUUACAUUGAUGAUUUUUUUGAUUUUGUCCAAAGAUUUAUUGAGUCUGGAAUUUAUAAAUUUUGGAGCCUGAAAAACUUUGAUAGCAGUAAUUGUUUGGCUGAAAAUGCAAAUGAGAAUUCAAAUAAACGCGAAACAAUUGAAUUUCAAGAUUUAGGCUUGCCCAUUGUUUUAAUACUUAAAAGACAAAAUCUUCUCGAUGAUCCAUCAUGUCCACAACUAAAGAACCUCUGUAGUAAUUUAGGAAGUAAUAGUGAAGAUCUACUCGUCCUCGAGUGCAUUGACACAUUUCAAACGUCCGAAUUCGAUGUGACGGUCGAUGCACAGUGUCAACAUUCGAUAUAUUCGAGAAAAUUAGAAUUAAUGAAUGAUAGAAAUAUUUACGAAUUAUUAGAGAAAAGUUGUACAAAGGACAUUCAAUCAUUAAAUUCAAUUUGUAAGCCAGAGGAUCAUGAAUAUAGUGGCAAAUAUUUAUCAUGUGUGCUGGACAAUCGAGAUAUAAUUAAAGACUUAAUAUGUAAAGGUCAAAUAACCCGCAUUGAAUCAGUUGCAUUUAGUGACUAUCGACUGAUAUCAAAAUUCCUUCAAAGCUGUUCCAAUGAUAUUGAAAAGAGCGGCUGUGGACGAUUAACAAAUCGAAAUUCUAAAUCGACACAAGGCGAUACGUUGUCAUGUCUUCAAAUGAGCAUUGCAGAUCUAUCGAAUGAAUGUAAAAAGGAAAUUUAUCAUAUUUCAGAACUUCAAGCUGACAAUAUUAAGUUUGAUAGACAAAUCUAUAUGUCAUGUAAUUCAGAUGUUAAGAAAUUCUGUUCUGACAUGAGGGGCUAUGACAUUUAUAAAUGUCUUAUGAAAAAUAAAAAUUCCCCACAGAUGUCGAAGAAGUGCGAAAAUCAGCUAAGCAGGCGUUCGUCAUUGAUAGCUCAAGAUUAUCGAAUCAGUCGGGGACUUGCGAAGGCGUGUAAGGAGGAUAUUAAAUUGAAUCAUUGCCGAAAAGGAACGAGCGAUGACAAGGAUGUAAGACUAGCACAAAUCUUGCUGUGUCUUGAGGCAGCACAUAAAAAUAACACAAAAUUAUUGCCUGAUUGCCUUGCGGAAAUUUUCGAUCAUAGGAAAAUGUUGAUGGAGGAUUACAAGCUAUCGCCUGAAAUAAUCAUUGACUGUGCAGACGAAUUAAAUAGAUUUUGUCAAGAGACGGAAGGCUCUCAAACCAUUCAUUGUUUAAUGGAACAUGCGAAGCCGCGUAGGAAGAAGGAGCUAAGGGUGUCAUCGCAAUGCUUGCGUGCAGUUGAAAAUCUUGUAAAAGUUACAGAUGUGUCGGAAGAUUGGCGUGUUGAUCCGGUAUUGAGAAAGGUAUGUAAAACAGUUGUCGAUACAGCAUGUGGUAAUGAUAUUGAUGGAAAUUCUCGUGUUAUGAGUUGUUUAAUGGAGAAACUUGGUACUAAAUAUAUGACACCACCUUGUGAGACGGCACUGCUUCAAAUCCAAUAUUUCACAGCACGAGACUAUAAGCUAGAUGCUAUGCUGUAUCAACAGUGUAAGGAUGAUGCCAUUAGAUUCUGUCAUGCAAAGAAAACGUGGGCAGAUGUUGAGAAUGAACAAAUGGAUCCGGAAAGAGGUCCGACAAUACUCCCAUGUCUUCAUCGUUACGCCUAUCAUCCAGAUCCUAAAAUGCAAUUAAGUCAGAAGUGCUUUACAGAAAUUAAGAGAGUAAUGAGGCAACGUGCAAUAUCUGUUGAUUUAAUACCAGAAGUUGAGGAUGUAUGUUUGGAUGAUUUGGCUGAAUUUUGCUUUGAUAAGACACAGAAAGGUGAGGAAAUGGAAUGUCUUCAACAGCAUCUCGAGGAACUAACGAAAGACUGCAAGAAAGCUGUAUCAUCUUACACAGAAGAACAGUCAGCACAUAUAGAGUUAAAUCCACUAAUUAGAUCAGCAUGCAGUGACGCAUUAGAAAAAUAUUGUGGAAAUAUCCUGUCCGGACAAGUUGAAGGAGAUGUUAUGGAAUGUCUGAUUGCUCUUAAGAACGAUGUUUUAAAACCUAAUGUAAAGUGCCGUGCUGCCAUUGAACAUUUUCAAUUGAUAUCUUUAAAGAAUUACGUGUUCACUCAUAAAUUUAAGGAAGCUUGCAAGCCUUAUGUCAACAGAUACUGUCCGAAUAGUACAACAAAAUAUGACGUUAUUGCAUGUCUGAGCGAGAUAAUGGCAAAGGAUACAAUCAAAGAUCAUAAACAUUCACUGCCAAAACAAUGCCGCGAGCAAGUCCGUUCACAAUUACAGCAACAACGUGAAAAUAUUGAUUUUGAUCCAAAACUCAAAAAUGUUUGCAUAAAAGACAUUAAAACUUUUUGUAGUGAAAUACCAGCGAACUCUGGACAAGUUUUGGAAUGCUUGACCAGCAAUCAACAUAAGCUGAGCACAAACUGUAAACAUGCAUUAUUUGCAAUCAAAAAAUCCGAACUAACGGACAGUAAAACCGACUAUGUGCUAAUGAAUACAUGUAGAGGAAUGUUAAAGCAAUAUUGUGAUGGAAUUGAGGAUGCAAAUGUACUAAAAUGCUUGAAACUUCACAAGGAUGAGAAUAUGUUCGAUAAAAAGUGUCACAUGGUCGUCGUGAAUCGAUUAAUUUUACAAAAUCAAGAUUAUAGAUUUAAUCCAGAUCUACAGCAAGCAUGCUCGAAGGAUAUUGCUGAUUAUUGUACAAGAAUCGUAGUUGAGGCCAAGGAGAAUGAGGAAAUGAAUGGAAAGGUCAUAAAUUGUUUAAAACAAAAGUUCAGAGAAGGAAAAUUACUUACGAAAUGUGAAAAGCAAAUGACUGUAAUUUUACAUGAUCAGGCCUUGAACUACAAACUCAAUCCAUUACUAGCUACAGUCUGCAAAUCAGAAAUUGAUAUCCUGUGUAAAGUUGAUGACGAUAACGACGAAGAAGGACAAGUCGAAGAAUGCUUAAAAAGACAAUUUUUGGGAAAGAAAAUUAUUACAAAAGAAUGCAAGAUUGAAGUCGCGACCUUAAUUCAAGAAGCAAAAGCAGACAUUCAUGUUGAUCCAAUCUUAUUGAAGGCAUGUACUGUUGAUUUAUUGAAGUAUUGUUCAAAUGUUGAAAGUGGCAAUGGAAGGCAACUCAAAUGUCUUCAAAUUAUUCUAAAUGAUGAGACAAAGUCAAAGGCAUUGGAAGAUGAUUGUCGAGAGAAGCUUCAGCAGAGGGUUGAGAUGUUCCAUAAUGCUGCUGCUGUCGCACCACAAGCCGAAAGUCUAUCUGAUCUCUACGAAACAGUUGUAGCAUCACCAGCAAGACGUUACUUUAUGAUCGUGAUGUUUACAUUUGUUGGAUUCAUAUUUAUAAUUGGACUAUUCUUUGGACGUGCAACCAGGAAGCAUAUAGCUUUGAAAAACAAAUGAUUCACCAUGAAAAUCCUGAAGAGAAAGAAACUAAGAGCAGCAUAAUGUUUAACAAAAGUCAAGUCGAAUCAAAACAAUUCUUUUAUCAUUUCGAGCCAUUUUUAAUGAAAAUUUUUUAAUUGAGAUUUUAAUUUUAUUUUUUUAAAUAAAAAAGUUUUCUUUUAAAUUUCUAUAAAGAUAAGAAAAGGGAUGUGCAAGUAGUGUACAUUGUGAUGAUUGUAGUUAAAUUCUUCGAAUAAGUAGUUGUAGUCCUUAAUGAUAUGGAAAUACUUAGGCAUUUAAAAAUGAGAUUGAACUCCUGAAUUGACUCUGAAUUCUUGAAUUAGAUUUGAAUUUUGUAUAAGAAAAGUCUAUUUGACUUA